AUGCAUCAGCAACGACACGGAGAUUACGACAGCGAGCAGCAGCAGCGUAGCAGAGGGCAGCGAAGCAAACGGGGGCCGCGUAGUGGAGGACGCAAGACCGAGGAGGUGCGAUCGUGGCGUCGUCAGCUCCUGCUACGCGUCCAUCCAGAUCUCUUCCAGGCGCCCCAGCACGCUCACGCCCGUGCCGUCAACCAGCGCUCCCUCCAGGCCUUCCAGUCCCUCGUCGCCCUCGCUGGGCACACCCCCUCAUCUACUUCCACCACCACCACCUCGCUGCCGGCCGUCGACGAUGCCCACCCGCUCUUCACCUUCCACUUCUACUUGCGCCCGGCCCACGUCGAAGCCGACUCUGAUGACGUGGCCGAUGUCCCACCGCGGGCGUCGACGACGACGGCCGAGGGCAGCAGUAGCGGCGGCGGCGAGGAGGAGCUGCGCGAGGUGCGCUACGCGUUCCAUCCGGCGCCCGAAGUGCGACGCAACGCGGUGCGGCUGCGGCGCGCGGCGGAGGAGUGCAUGCUGCAGCUCUUCUCGCUCGCCGGGCUCAUCCAGCCGUUCGCGGCCUCCCCGACUCCCGAGCUGAAGACGCAGGACGGGUGGAUCAGGACGAACUGGAACGAGGACGCCCUGCGCCAGAAGGCCAUCGAAGCCAUCCGGUUCGCUCCUGCCGAGGUAAAGAUGUCGUACCAGGAGGAACUUGCCGCCAUGCUCGAUCCCGACAUGAUCUUCUUCGACAAGCUCACCCACUCUCAAAAAAUGCGUGCGGUGGAGAGCCUCACGAUGAACCUCGAGCGGUUGGGCUACGCAGAUUGGGCACACUUGCCCCUCCUCAUUGGGAAGCAGUACUCGCGGCGGGCUGAGGGCAUCGUGGUGAUCCCCUAUAACUUCACAGUGCCCAGGUUGGUGGAGUAUCUCAACAAGCACCUGGCGGACAUCAAGCGGGAACGGGAGCACAUCCGUGCCGACGUGCACCUCAUCGCCGACCUCUCCCACCGCCUACAGGAGCGCCUCGGCCUCCAAGAUGUGUCGGUGUGGGGCUCCAAGCGAGCGGCCAUCGGCUGCCUCCAGCGGCUGACGGACAUCGCGGGCCACAUGGCCUCGCACAACCUCACCCACGCCACCCUCGUUCUCACCGACCUCAUCUCCGCGCCCCAACCACAAGAAGACGAAGACGAAAGAGAAGAGGAGCAAGAAGACGGUGGUCUCAAGGUCGACGGAACAACGACAGAGGAGGAACUGGAUGAGCCAGAGGAGCAGUUCCGAUACGAUCCCAGCACUCGACGGCUGUUCGUGCGAAAGGACUUCAACAAGGCGGGCCUGCUCGCCUACCUCCGCCGCGUCCGGCCACGCCCGGACGACAUCGUCGAGGCCCCGCCGUCUUCCACCGCUCCGCCCACGCUCGCCACCUCUUCCUCUUCCGCCUUUCUCAAGAGCGCGCAAGUACCCACAAGCUGA